CGUGGGAUUGUCGGAUUUCAAAUUUUCCCGGGGCGUACGAUAAUUUUACGCCCCUGUGUCGAUCAGACGAACUAAAGUCUCUGGAAACACUGGCUCCCCUCUCGUAAGAUUCUUGUUCAUACAGCUUGAACGAAAACGAGUCGUAUUUAUGUAUGGAAUCUCUCUCGAACCAAAGUGCAAAUUUUGUCAAAGGUUGUUUUAGUAAUAAAUCGUAUAUUUGUUAUUAAAAAUGGCAAACGACGACAAUGAACAGGAUGGUCUUGACAUUGAUGAAAAUCAAAUGGAAAUCAAAAUAGAGCAGCCAACAGUGGAAUAUUACGUCGAAGAAGAACAUGAUAAUAGUUUAUCAAGUAUCGAAGGAAAUGGAAAUGGAAAUGGAAAUGGAAAUGGAAAUGGAAAUGUUACGGUACCCUCUACCAAUGUUGAUGUUGGUACUUGGAAUCUUUGGACUAGACAGGCUACUACCUGCCUCAUUGAUCAAUAUAAAAAAUAUCGAUCAAUGUUAGGACAAUCGACGCAGAUUAAAAGUUUACGAGAGAUGUUUGAAAUGAUAUCUGUUGAAAUGCAAAAUUAUGGCUUUUAUUUUAGUCCGCAGAAGUGUGAGAACAAAUGGCGCGUAUUAGAACGUAAAUACAAAAAUUUAAUUUAUCAUGAACAAUUGAAAAAGCCUGGAAGAACGAGAAAUUAUGGUUAUUGGGAACAUAAGAGAGCACUUGAUGAGAUAUUUAAUGAUAAAGACAGACAUGUUUAUUUGGAUGAAAAUGUUUUGCCAUCGGUUAAAUAUUCAACGGUUGUUUCAAAUACAACAUCGAAACAAACUACAAGCUCUUCAAAUUGUAAUAACGAUGAACAAUGUGAUCCAUUAGCUACAUUGGAAUCAUCUAACACUGUAUCAGAAGAACAAAAUGAACAUUUAGAAUGCAAGGAUACAUUGACAAAACUAUUUCAAAGAUUUAUCGACGCAAUGGACAAGAAUUUUGCAUUGGCUGAACGUAAUAAAGAGAGACGACAUAAAGAAGAAAUGACUAUGCGACAGAACGAAUUGGAAAUAAAAAGACAAUUGUUGAAAUUGAAAGAACAAAAGAUAGAAUUACAAAAGUGUCAAAUGGUCGCUGCUGUACAACAUUUUCAUCAUAAAAAGCAAUAAAUUUUUUAUAUCGAA